CGGUUUGCGUCUGCAGGAGGUGCAGUUGCAGAGUUUAACGUUUGGCCAUCACAGAAGGGGGAAUGGAGUUUUCUCAAGAUGAUUUUGAUCGGUUACUGUUAUUCGAGCACACGCGAAAGAGCGCUGAAGCAAACUACGCAGAGAAUCCUCUAGACGCUGAUAAUCUGACCAAGUGGGGGGGAGCUUUGAUCGAGUUGUCAUCGUUCCAAGCUCCUAAGGAUGCCAAGGCGAUGAUUGAUGAUGCCCUUUCAAAGCUGGAGGAGGCUUUGCUGAUCAAUCCAACUAAGCAUGACACUCUUUGGUGCUUGGGAAAUGCAAACACGUCUUAUGCUUUUCUAAUCCCUGAUAUCACUGAGGCAAAGGGUUAUUUUGACAAGGCACUUGAUUAUUUCCAGAAAGCUGUGGAUGAGGAUCCUGAGAAUGACCUCUAUAGAAAGUCCUUGCAAGUUGCCAUUAAGGCCCCAGAACUACACAUGGAGAUCCAUAAAAAUGGGCUUGGUCUGAUGAGUAAUGCGGGAUCCUCUGCUACUUCAAAAGAAAAGGUUUCUAUCAAAGUACUGCCACACUAUGGUUGGCUCUUUGGCUGCCUAUGAUAUGGCAGUAAAAAUUGAUUUUUGUAGUUGCUAACUAGGAAUCUAAAAGGCAGAAGAGCAAUGACUUUAAGUAUGACAUAUUUGGAUGGAUUAUUCUUGCAGUGGGUAUAGUAGCAUGGGUGGGAAUGGCCAAAUCUAACAUUCCCCCGCCACCUCCAAGAUAAACAUAUUUCUUUGAUGAAUCAUUACCAAAUUAUUGGUGAUUAGUUAUUCACUUUAGAUUGGAAGUUGUGAACUAGGUAUUGCACAUGUGGUUGGUUUCUACUUACUGAGUUCAUUUAUCAUUUACAGUUUACCGUAAAAAAGAUUGGUUUUAAGAAUUAGCAUUUUUAACAUAUGUUGCCCACUAUUUGUAGCCUUACUGGUUUUAAGAAUUAGUUUUUUUGCAACUUUAGUAAAAAUAAAUAAAUCAUCUCGCAA